AUGACGUCACCCCGCUGCCAUCCCCCGGGACGGGCGCCAGGAGCCGCGGCUGCCGCCGGUCCCCGCCCGGAGCCGCCCCCGGCGGUGCAGCGCAGCGCAGGGCGGGUCCCGGCGCAGAGCCGCUGCCGGGAGCGCUGGGCCCGGGCAGCCGCGGCGCCUGCAGCUCUCGGCGGGGCCAUGCGGACGGCGGUCGGUGCGGCAGCGGGCGAGGGGGCGGCGCAGAGCCCCGGCCCCGCCGCCGUGUCGCUGGGCUUGAGCGUGGCCGUGGUCUCCAGCCUGGUGAACGGCUCCACCUUCGUCCUGCAGAAGAAGGGGAUCGUGCGGGCCCGCGGGAGAGGUACUUCGUACUUAACUGAUAUAGUAUGGUGGUCUGGCACUAUUGCAAUGGCACUGGGUCAAAUAGGGAAUUUCUUGGCGUAUACUGCAGUCCCAACUGUGCUAGUGACGCCCUUGGGAGCUCUUGGCGUUCCAUUUGGGUCCAUCUUAGCUUCUUACUUGCUGAAAGAGAAACUGAACAUUCUUGGCAAGCUGGGAUGUUUGCUGAGCUGCGCUGGGUCUGUUGUUCUCAUCAUCCAUUCCCCGAAGUCUGAGAGUGUAACGACUCAGGCUGAGCUUGAAGAGAAGCUUACAAAUCCAGUUUUCGUGGGUUAUCUCUGCAUAGUGCUGCUAAUGCUUCUCCUGCUUAUCUUCUGGAUAGCUCCAGCUCAUGGACCUACUAAUAUCAUGGUUUACAUCAGUAUUUGUUCUCUGUUGGGCAGUUUCACUGUUCCCAGCACAAAAGGCAUUGGGCUGGCUGCUCAAGAUAUCUUUCACAAUAACCCAUCAAGUCAAAGGGCUCUAUACCUCUGUCUGGUACUUCUGGCAGUAUUAGGAUGUAGCAUUAUCAUUCAAUUCAGAUACAUCAAUAAGGCACUGGAGUGUUUUGACUCCUCUGUGUUUGGUGCCAUCUACUACGUUGUGUUUACCACCCUAGUCCUGCUGGCUUCAGCCAUCCUUUUCAGGGAAUGGAGUAAUGUAGGAGUCAUAGAUUUUUUGGGAAUGGCUUGUGGGUUUACCACAGUAUCUAUUGGAAUUGUUCUUAUACAAGUCUUCAAGGAAUUCAACUUCAAUAUUGGAGAUUUAAACAAACCUAACAUGAAGACAGAUUAAAAUAUUUUUGAGGGGAAACUGGAUGGCUCAGGGAAGGAUGCAGAGCUGUUCAUUUCUAGGUCAUUGUUUCAAGUAGGUUUCAGGUUGGUAACUGCCCUCUGACAAUUUGGUGGCCUWUGUGAAAUAAAUUGGAGGCCUCCAUCCAGUUUCAAAGCAACAGCUGUCCAUGUAACCCAGUCAACACAAUAAAUUAUCUUAAUUGGAACUUCUGAUUGAGUCAGCAUAGAGACUGAUGUAUUUCCUCACUGUAAAAGGUAGUCCAUCAGAAAAGCUCUGACUAUUCUAACAGACCUGUAUUUUGUCUUUGGUACCAUUUCUGUGGGCAAAGGACAUCAGUUUCUAAUGCACUCAGUCUGAUACCUUUCAUCAUAAGUGAUGUAUACCUUAAAAUGGGG